AUUAAAUGCGAAUGCGAACGCAGUUCAAGCUCACGUUUUUUUGUUUGCCUAGUGUUUACGAAGUGGUUAGACGCAAAUCUACCAAAACGAUAGAAUAAUUGAUGUUCAACGCAUAUUGCAAAAUCUAACUCAAGUGCGUGUCAGCAGAGAGAAUAGACGGCCGCUGGGUCAGUUGAGGAACCGCAACAACUGCAGCGGCAUAAUGGUGAAGAAGCGUCAAACUGACGCGCAAGAGGGCACCAGCUCGACAGACUCCGGCGAGGAGGAGCUGAUGAAUGGACAUGCCGGUGCUGGAAGCGCCGCUACAGUUUGCCAGCACAUCAAGAAGGCUGUCGACACGACACGCCUCCGCCGCCAGCUAAAAUCCACGGGUCUGCUCUACGAGUGCCAACAGUGCCAGAAACUCAAUCUCCCCAAUGGCACGGGUGGCGAUUCCACUGACUGUGAAUACGACAACACUCUCUGGCUGUGCCUCAAGUGCGGUACACAGCUGUGCGGCCGUCAGCGCAACGAGCACGCACUGCAGCACUUUAAGAAACCGCACUCGGACUCGCAUGCACUGGCAUUAAAUACACGCUCUUUUAAGAUCUGGUGCUACGAAUGUGACAACGAGGUGUCUGCCAAUUCGCGCAAGAAUCUGCUCGAGUGCGUCGAGCUGGUGAAGCGUCUGGCCCAGAAGCCGCCCACAGCUGUGGCCAAUGCAAAAACAGAGGCGCAGCAAACAAUUAACAACAUUCAGUACAAAAUAAUGUCAAGUAUGGAGCAUCUGAGCCCCAUUGUGCCCAUGACUGGCGGCAAACAGAUCUCACUGCCAGUGAAUGCCAAUGGCGGCAAUGGGGCCAUACCGCUACCACCACCGCCGCCGCCCCCAACCAGCAUUGGCUCAGUGCCGGGCAUAGCAAAGCGUGUGCUGGACAAGCGCGCAAAUUACCAGUCGGUUGCAGCGGCUACACAGGCUUCUCCAUCGCUAGGCAGUCCAGAGCUAGAUCGCUUGCCACGCGUGCGUGGCCUCACCAAUUUGGGCAAUACUUGCUUCUUUAAUGCCGUCAUGCAGUGUCUGGCGCAGACACCGUUUCUGCUAGCCGUUCUCAAGGAGCUGGCCGAGCCCGGAGAGCAAUUUGUGCUGCCCGGCGGCACUUUCAACUUUAAAGAUAAGGGCGACAUUGAACUGCCUAUGAUAAAGGGCACGCUUUCUUCGUGGGGCAAUCUCACUGCGGCCCUUGCCAACGCACUGGAGGAACUUCAGUCCGGCGGUGGUGUUUUUACGCCCAGCAAGCUUUUUGACAAGCUGUGCGCCAAAUGUCCACAGUUUACUGGCGGCGAUCAGCACGACGCCCACGAGCUGCUGCGUCAACUGCUGGAAAGCGUACGCUCCGAGGAUUUGAAGCGCUACCAACGUGUCAUCUUGCAGAAUCUAGGAUAUAAGGAUCAGGAUAUUAACAGCGUGUCUGAGGAACUGCGCCAGAAGUGCAAGAUCUAUGGGAAUCAGGCAGCUGAUCGCAUACUGCGCCCGGAACAAGUGUUUCGCGGUUUUCUUGUCUCGACGCUGACCUGUCAGGAUUGUUUUAACGUCUCUUCGCGUCACGAGUACUUUCUGGACAUGUCGCUGCCCGUGGCAGUCGAAAAGCCGCAGCCACCACAGCGCCGCAAAACUAGUCCCGAGAACUCGCCUGCCUCCGCUUUCAACAGUAGUAACACCAAGCUCAGCAACGGCGAGUCGGAUGUGGGCUUGACAUCGCCUCCGUUCUAUCUACACGCUGACGGGCAGGAACCGUUGGGGCCCUCCAAGGCACAGGUGAAGAAGGAGAAGGAGCGCGAGCGCAAGGCCAAAAGGGCUGCCAAACACCAGCGCACCAAACAAGCCCAAAAGCUUUCCCUCAAGCUGAACAUUAACGAUGAGUCUAACAGCGGCGGUGGCGGUGGUGAUGGUGACGCCGAUGUUGAUCAGCAGCCCGGUAGUGGCGAUGGGCAGGGGCAAGUACAGCCACUGUCUGCCGAUACCAACGGCGAGAAAACACGCUCCGCGGCCUGGGGUGAAGGUCCGCGCGCAGAUACACUAUCCUUAAGCGCAACAACAUCCGAGCAUUCGGAUGCUGAUGUAGAGGACAAUCUGGUUGAAGACACGGCAACGGGCAGCGGGGCCAAGUUCUAUACGGACAACAAUGGCAACGCGCAGCCGCUGAGCGAGAAACGCGAUGAUACGCCCGAACACAUGGACAAGGAUUCGCUGGAGGAGGACGAGAAUGACUCAGGCAUAGCCACAAGUCCGGCACCCACCACCACCAACAGCGCUGCCAGCACCACCAGCAACAAAAGCAAUAGCAACAACAAUAAUAAUAAUAAUGGAGCCAGCAAUGUAGCGGAAGCGAACAAUGGCGGAGCGGUUGGCAGCACAGUUGCCAGUUUAGUGAAUGCCGGGCUGAGCGAGGAGGGUGCCUCGCAGAUGCGCCAAUUCUCUUCGGGGCAGCUGCAGCUGCAGCUGCAGAUGGAACAGCUAAAACUGCGCGAGCAGGCCCAGAUUGUGGCCCGCUCAAAACGUGUGCGUACGCAAAGCUAUUCGGACUGGAGCACCACGAUUGCGCCGCGUUAUCAGUGCGAGGUGGGAGAAUGCUCGGUUCCGUCGUGUCUCAAUAACUUUACCGCCGUCGAGCUAAUGACUGGUCAGAACAAGGUCGGCUGCGAGAGUUGCACGCGCCGCAUCAACGGCCCCGACCCGCAGGCUAAAUCUGUGAACACGAAUGCGACAAAGCAGCUUCUAGUAUCCAGUCCGCCGGCAGUGCUCAUUUUGCAUCUAAAGAGAUUCCAGCUGGGCCCGCGCUGCAUCUUUCGUAAGUUAACGCAGCAGGUCAGCUACUCGGUGCUGCUGGACAUAGCCGCCUUCUGCGGAUCCAAGGUAAAGAACUUGCCCAACAUUGAUCGCAAACAGAAGAAGCUGCUCUAUGCGCUCUAUGGCGUAGUCGAGCACUCGGGCGGCUUAUAUGGCGGACACUACACCGCCUAUGUAAAGGUACGUCCGAAGGUGACACCUGAUGACAAGCGCUGGAAAUUCCUGCCGCAUGGCAGCAAGGCCGAACUAGAUCAGGACGAUGAGCAGCUGAAAAAGCUUGAAGAGCUGCUGGUCAAGGAGAAGGCCCGUGAGAUGCGCAUGAAUGCCAUGGAUGACAGCGAUGACUUUACCAGCUCCAGCAGCAAUGCGUCCACCUCAGACGAGGCCUCCUCCGAUCUAAACAAUGGCCUUGCCGAUGACGAACCAACUGCUGCUACCUCUGGCGAUCAGCCGGCUGGCAUCGCCAACGGCGAAGCAGAUGAGGCGGCCAAUGUGCAGCCACCACCCGGCAAAUGGUAUUACGUGUCAGAUUCACGUGUCCAGGAGGUUAGCGAGAAGACGGCCCUCAAGGCACAGGCAUAUCUGCUGUUCUACGAGCGCAUCUAUUAGAACUGGAGCAGUUGCACCGGGGCGAAGUGGCCGCCACCAUCGUUCCAUUAGAUUAGAAUAGAUUUUUCAAAUUUAAUUACUUUUUUUUUUUAAAUAUUGUUCCUGAUUGUUUUUGUUAUUAUCCUUAAAUUGCAUUUUGAACGCGUCGGCGCGAACAACAACGAAGAUGAUGGACUGUAACUGAA